AUUGUGGGUUUUCUUUUAUUGGUAACUGUUUAAACUAAAUGUGCGCUUCGGAUGAUAUCACGUGGUUUUUUAUUGGAAGCUUCAUAAUAAACUAGACUCGUGACAAAUCAUGGGUUCUGAGAGAUAUGAUAUUUCCAGUAUCGAAUGGUGUCGAAAGGGGGCUCAUUACCUCAAACAUACCCUCGUAUCACCCCCCCCCUCUUAAAAAGGGGGAAGGGAAAGAGUUGUUGGGAGUGGAAUAAUUUUAUUGGGGGUAUGGAACGCUUUUGACGAAUGGUAUCAAAGUCUUCGCACAUCACUGAUCAGUAUUGGAAUAGGUUGCAUUUCUUUAAAUAUUUAGUUAUUACACUGCAUUGUCAACAUAAAGACAGUAUUCGCUUUCAACAUGGCGAGAAAUCUACUUAUUAUUGCGGUCUUGUUAAUGGUCGCAGUGUUUCAAGAGACGUGUGGUCGCCCAGCGGACUCGAAAGCCUGGACGAGCUGGAAGGCGAAGUACGGUAAAGAGUACUCGACGAAGGAGGAGGAACUCGUUCGAUGGAAGACGUGGAUUAAGAACAAGCAACUUGUUGACUGGAACAACCAAGCUUACGAUGAGGGGAGGAGAUUGUUUAAGAUGACGAUGAACGGGUUUGCGGAUCAGGAUUUUGGCCGAAUGAACAACAAUUUUGACGUGGAAGGACGACGCGUCAAUAUUGGUCGGAAAGAAACGAAGUCAACGUCAUCAUCGAGAUCGACCAUGCCGUCAUCAUGGGACUGGAGAGAUAAGAAGGAGGUUAAUCCUGUCAGGAACCAAGGUCAGAUUGGUUCAUCUCUAGCCAUGAAUGUUGCAGAUGCCGUAGCUAGCUACUCCUCUAUCCACAACAAGACUCCGCUCGACAUCCUGGCCGAUGCCGAAGUCGUCGAUUGCUGCUUACCUAAUCCCCUUGAAAGCCCAGGCGUCUUCGGCUGCGUGCACGACCACGGUGGGCUCUGCAUGAAGGGAACCUACCAUACCGGAACUGGUGCGAAUGUCUGCAAUAAUGCGUCCUGUAAGGCCGUUGCAUCGUGUAAUGUUGGAAAGACAGUUCCUUCACGAAACGAAUCAGCCCUCGCCCAAGCAGUCUUGUUCACGCCCGUAGUGGUGGCCAUAGACGCUAGCCAACCGUCUUUUCAGUUAUACCAGAGCGGUGUGUACUCUGAUCCAAGCUGUUCGUCGACGCAGUUGGACCAUUCUCUUUUGGUGGUGGGAUACGGUGUCGGCAGUGGGGUCGAGUACUGGAUAUGCAGGAACUCAUGGGGAUCAUCGUGGGGUGAAAACGGCUACAUCAACAUUGCAAGGAAUCACGACAACAUGUGCGGUAUUGCAACGGACGCAAUUUACCCAUCCAACAAGUGAUUCACUGUCUCAUUGGAUGGGUAAAUAAUAUGAAAGCUUUGAAGUGAUUCAGGAUUCAAUAUCACUUUAAUUGGAUUUCAUCUUUCCAUGAUAUAAAAUACCUAAAGAUGCAAUUACACAUAUAUGCAUCAAAUGUCAUAACAUAAAUAUUUUUUUAAGAAUAUACUAAUGAGAGAACUAAAUUGGUUGUAGCUGUAAAAGAAAACAACUUAGCAAGAUUUUGGCAGGACAGCUUCCCUAACAUGCAUAAUUAUUAUGGUAUCUGUUUACAUAAUUGGUAUAGGAAACAAAUACUAAGGGCACACACCACUAACUAUUACCCCAUAGACUCAUGUGUUAAAAAUGAGAUUUGAAAAAAUCGCCAAAAAUAAGGCUUAGAAAUGUCAUCAUCCACACCUUUAUCAUUUGGUAGUGUAUCCAAUAUCCUUCAAACGCUAAAGAUAUGAAAAGGUGUUUUUCAAUAUUUUUUCGCGCUACAGGGGCUCAAACCAAGACUACGUGCAAACUUGGUUGCAGUCACAGUGCUCACUUGGUUUCUUAAGCAACUAAUUAAGUUCCCAUAAAACCCAGCAUUGACAAAUUACUGCUCUCCCAUGGGACUGAAAAGAUCCAGUAGUAAUCCCUCUCUAUGCCCAAAUGAAAAAAACUGUUCAGAUAUGCACCGUUGAUUUUAUAUGAAUAUUUGUCCAACCAUUACGUCAUUUUAGGUACGGGUCUAAAGGGGAUUCCCGAAAUUGCCGGAUCCUAUUAGUGGUGUGCGCUCCUAAGAACUUAUGAAUAUUACAACAAAAUGGCUGCACUUUGAACCACACGAUCCCCCAAAAGCAAGUUGACUAUCAAAUAUCGUGAGUCAUCAAGGUAAAGCUAGCAACUGGGACAGAAUUGUGUUCAUUAUACACGAAAAAAUGUGCAAAGAGAAUUAUUUAGAUGAAAAGAAGAACUGUUUUUCGACUUUUAAAAAUAGAAUUCUGUCUACAACGUCUCCUCUUUAAAAAGGAUAUGGGUUGGAAAAGGAGGAAAGGUGGUAUAUGUCUUAUUAUUUGUUUUUAUAAAGAAUGCUAUAUUUGAUCUGAACAUUUUUCGAAUACAUACAGUGCACUCAUUUUUUCUAAGAUUAAAGAAAUGGAGAAACAUUUAUUAAGUUGCUCAGAAAUAUAAUGAUUAUAUAAUGUGUUGAUUUUGAACAUGCCAUUAUUUAUUAAAUAGAAUGAUUCUUUUAAACAAACUUUUUA